CUGGGUGGUGGCCUGGUCGUAGACACUGUUGAAGGCGAACGAGAACUCUUCGGCCUCGUUCUUGGGGCUCGGGAUCUUGACAAUGGUCAAGGGCUUGCCAUCCUGGGCUCUGUCGGCCGUGACAAUGACGUCCUUGUCCAGCUCUUUUUCGAGAAGAGGGCGUAUUCUGGCGACAACGCGAACCGACAUUUCGUGGAGGGCUUCGAAUUGUCGGAUCAAGGCAUACGGCGUGAAGGCGAGGAAAGCAGACGCCGAUUUGUUGACGGGAGGCGGUGAGGCUGCAACGAAUGCAAGUGUGCUCAGGUGGGCAUUUCCCGUCAAUGUCUCCAACAAAUUGGUGCCCGUGCUCCAACUGAAGCGAGUGGACCCGGUGUUUUUAGCGCCAGCCACGUCAAAUUUGAGGGUUAAUCACCAAGGCAACAGAGGCUGUCUCCACUGAACCCUGGCGGGUGUCCGCUGUGGAGAGCGCUGUCUUUGGGAGCUGGCAGGUGGCCUGUGCUUUUGAAGAUGCCGGUGCCAAGUCCAGUGCACGAACGGGUUUGUGUCAUCCCAAGCUUGGUUCCAUGGAAUUUACCGGGACCUGCAUUUUCCGCAUCCCCAAGUCUCGACAUCCGCAGGAAUAACGACGACGACGAGCCACUCGCUGUGGUUUCAAGCCACAAUGCGCGGUCAAGCGCCUCUUCUCAGGCUAUCUCAAACAACAAGGCUAACACGACCAACCACCAUAACCCUCUCCUCGAGGCCAAGCUUUGUUUGCUGGCAAUGUCGAACAGUUCAGAUUAGCGCAUCCCCCACCAACCGGCCAGGCCCCGAUGCCUUUGACGCAGGCCGCGCUGCUCAGACGGAUGCCCAAUUCGAGGUUAUUGGCGCUCCACAUUCCCUUCUGUCGGUUUCCCUCUCGGCAUCCCAGCGGCUCUACACAAGACGAGGUAUCUUGGUGUCAGUAGGCGGCAAGGUGGAAAAUGUACACUCCGCCCUCUCGAUUCUCUCCCCCACGAGCCGAGCCUUUCUCGGCAUCCCGUUCCUCUACCAGCGCAUAACCUCCACGAGCCCAGUUACCGCCUUAAUAGCCACCAAGUCCGCCAACACAACCUUCUCUGUCCUCCGUCUCGAUGGCACAACCGACUGGAUGGUUGCGCAAAGAAAUGCGCUUCUUGCUUGGACAGGUCACACGUUGAGAUUAUCGCCCCGCAUCCAGCAAGGCUUGUCGCUGGCACACUGGGGCAACACAUACAUCACUGGCCGAGGGUUGGCGGCUCUCUCGGCGCCAGGACAGGUCUAUGAUCUGGUUCUCAAGGAAGGGGAGGAGAUUGUUUUACACCCAUCACACGUGGUCGCUUAUACCAUCAACAAGAACCCCCCACGGCCCUUCCGUCUGAAGAGCACCACCUUAAGCUUCCAAAUUCCCGCCGUCCCGAGUUCGAUAAAAGCCGCCUCCCAGAGGUUCAUGCCCGACCGAGUGGCCAGAUUCUGGAACGCUAUGCGCGAUACCUCGAUCUACAAAGGACUUGCCAGCUUCCUGUUUAGCCUGAGAACGGCCACCAGAAGGACGAUAUGGGGUGACAGGCUAUUCCUCCACUUUCAAGGGCCGAGAACCAUCCUCAUGUCCAGCCGCGGUGUUCGGGUUAGGGAUGUCUUGACCAAGGACGACGUCAAUGAGAUUGCAGAUGCCAAGGCGGGGGUGGUACCAGAGGCUGUUGAGCUGACCACUCACCCCAGGAUUCAGGACAAGAAGGCGGAGGAUCAACCGACCAAGAUUCACAUUGCCAACGUGAAGGGGGGUGGCAAGGUCAGCUUUGAAGACGCAAAGUCUCUGAAUGAGUUUGUGAGGUGA